AUGACAUUAAGUAAAGAUCUUAUCAUUAAUGUUGUAUCUGCUUUAGCAGCAACUUUUCAAAGUCCUACAGUUGUGAUUACUGUGACUUUUGGACUUGCGAAAGCUGUAUCCUAUCCUCCACCAAAACAUGUCCCAAAUGCCAUCGAAGAGGAUGAUGAUGAAGACGACGAUGACGAAGACGACGACGAAGACGAUGACGACGAAGACGAUGAUGAAGAUGACGAUUCAGAUUCAAAUGACGAAGUCAAUCCUCGUGAAAAUACAAAUGAUCGUAAUCGUACUUUAAAUAGUUCUGGUGGUUUCUCUAAAGAUUUUAAUCAAAGCAAUCAAAAUAAUCAAAAUAAUAAUAACAGUACAACUAGUAGUAAUAAUAAUAAUAAUAAUACCGAAGAAAACAAAAGAUUUUUAAAGAAAUUAAAGGUUAAAUAA